AUGGGGGCCUAUCCAGGUGGUUUGAUAUACCUGAACGCAACGUUGCCUUCUCGUUCCGCUCACUGGUACUCUGUCAUGGCCCAUGGGGGUCCUUCGAGCGGGUUUGCGCCAUAUGUAGACCACCCGGAAGAAUACCAAGUCUUUCUAUCCGCAAAAGCAAAUAAAUCAGAAACCAUCCAAGGGGCCAUCGAUUAUGCCACCGGGUUGAACUACAAUGCAGCCCAAGAACGUCAUGGCUACUGGGUGUCGUCUAUGCCACGGGUGGUCUAUGUUCCUCCUGGGAUCUACACGUUUGAAAAUCCCCUGGUCAUGAACACGGAUACCAUUCUCAUGGGCGAUGCCCGUCAUCCUCCCGUCAUCCGCGCGGCUCCCAACUUUGCACAUGAUGUGCUUCUUAACGGCAUGGCUCCCAGUUACAUGCCCAACGCAGGCGAAUUAGCGAAUACAGUGGCCUUGAAGAAUAUCAUUCUCGAUACAACGGCCGUAAAUAGAUCCAAGGAACUCACCGCGCUCUACUGGGGAGUCGCUCAAGGGUCUCAUCUUCAGAACGUCCAAAUCGUAAUGCCACAGUCGACCGACCGCAAAGACGGCCACACUGGCAUCAGACUUGGUGUAGGCUCCAUUCUCAGCCUGGGCGACGUCCGAAUCGAAAAUGGCCUGACCGGAAUCUGGCACGACGGCCACCAGAGUGCGCUUUUCAAAAAUAUCAGUUUCUACCGCAACACGGUCGGUUUGCGCGUCUCCAACGGCAGCGCUGUCACCCUGCUUGCUCCCACUUUUGAAAACGUCGACGUCUGUGUCAACCACACCAGUGGCAGCGCCUUUGUUGGCAUCGUCGACGGCACGUCCAUCAACUCGGGCCUCACAUUCCUCUCGGGGCGAACAAAAAACGACAUGACCCGGCCUUCCCUUCUCAUCGACAACCUGGAGAAAAGACGCGACCCGGAAUACGAGCCCGAAAACACGGUACAGGUCAAGGGCCGUACUGUCCUUGGUCCCGUUGACCAUGUCCACAGCUUCUCCUAUGGAAAUAAGGUAGGUCGCAACCACAUCUACGGCGUGACAACUGACAACAGCAUCACACGGUCACGAAUAGCUGCUCCCGGCGGCAGAAUCCCUAUACACCCGCCUCCGAAUUACGCACUCAGCGCUUGGUCGGAUUUUAUAAACGUCAAAGACUCGAAGCAGAAUGGUGGGCAUACCGUCCGGGGAGAUGGCAUGACGGAUGACGUUCGGGCCCUUACCAAGGUCCUCCAGCACGCGGUCAAAGAGCACAAGAUUGUAUACUUCCCCUUUGGCGACUACCGUAUUUCCUCGACGCUUGUCAUACCAAUUGGAUCCCGUAUACACGGCGAGGCAUGGCCGUCCAUAUCCGGGGCAGGCCCGCGUUUCUCGAAUGCGGAAAACCCCAAGCCCGUCGUGCAAGUCGGCAACGUGGGCGACGUGGGCACGAUCCAUAUCCAGGACAUGCGCUUCACCGUUGCCGACGUCUCUCCAGGCGCCAUCAUCCUCCAGUUCCACGCGCACGGCAAGAAGCCAGGCGACGUCGCGAUAUGGAACUCCAUCGUCAACGUCGGGGGACUCCGGGGCGCCCCGGACAUGGUGCGGCGUUGCGCCGACGACUCCCACCCGUGCCAGGCCGCCUACCUGGGCAUGCACUUCGCCAGAGGAUCCUCCGUCUACGCCGAAAACGUGUGGAACUGGGUAUCCAGCCGCAACGCCGAGGACUUCUUCGCCGGCGUCGACAUUGCCGCAAAGGGCGGCGUCCUGGUCGAGUCCACCAACGGCACCUGGCUGCACGGCCUGGGCUCCGAGCACUGGUGGCAGUAUCAGCUCAACCUCCGAUCGGCCUCCAACGUCGUCCUGUCCAUGCCCAGGACUGAGGCUAAUCCCGAGCAGGGCGGCACGGCAAAGCCGAUGCUUCCUUGGCCGGGGACGUCCGACCCCGGGGGCUGGGGAGACCCCGAUUACUCGCGGUGCCGUGUCUCCGACCCGGGUUGCCGCACGGGCGUGGGCAACUACAUUAACGGAGGGUCGGACAUUUACUACUACGGUGCUGCGUCGUGGGUGUCCCGGGACGGGCCUGAACAUCCGCGCUGCUACGCGGGCUACCACUGCCAAGAACACAUGCACUAUAUUGCCAAAACGCCCGAGAAUCUUCAGGCGUACGGCUUGUGCUCCAACGACACUAUGUAUGCUCUUCGCCUUGGUGACGGUACUCGCGUUGUAGAGCACGGCACAUUUUAUGGACCUGGUUGGCCUAAGGGCUCUGUUGUUGGCCGCUAUACAACUUAA